AUGAUUUGGAAAUAUGCGGUGGUGACGUUAUUAUUUCUGCAAUAUUUGGUAACGGUAACGGCAUUUGGUAGUCCAGCCAUAGAACCAGACACAAGUAACAAAUGGAUUUGCACCUCGACCGAACUCUGCCAACUGGACGAUGCCUCAAAUAUUGGUGAUGCCAAGCGUUACGAGAGUCAACACGAUUGUCGAAUGUCAUGCGGUAAAUACGGUGCCAUAUGGCCACUGCCAACCGGCACAUGUUCACUAUCACAAGAACGCAUCCACUUCGAUCCGUGGAAAGUGCGUUUUAAUGUUGUCGCUCCCAGUCCAGCCUCAACACAAUUUAUACGCGAAACAAAUCGUAUCUUUGUCAGCAAUAUUAUCAAGGAAUGUUUGCGAAAUUGUACCCUGGAACAGAGUAAAGAGGUGCUGGUGAAGGCCACAGUAAAUUCAUCAGAUUUAACAUUGGAUUGGUCAACAGAUGAAUCGUAUCAGUUGGUGAUAAGAACGACAGGUACUGCUACCUUUGUGGAUAUCAAAGCACCAACGGUAUAUGGCGCCCGACAUGCUUUUGAAACCUUGAGCAAUCUCAUAACGGGAUGCAAAGAUAAUGGACUGCUAAUGGUGAGCUCUGCUCGUGUGACCGAUCGCCCGCUAUAUCCUCAUCGUGGUGUUCUAUUGGAUUCGGCACGAAAUUUUAUGCCCUUGAAACAAAUACGCAAUACUCUCGAUGCCAUGGCUGCGUCGAAGAUGAAUGUCUUCCAUUGGCAUGUGGUGGAUACGCAUAGUUUUCCCUUGGAAAUUACUAGGGUACCGGAAAUGCAACGCUUCGGAGCCUAUGGUGCUGGUAAUACCUAUUCCCGUACCGAUACCUCAAAUAUGAUUAAAUACGCCCGUCUGCGUGGUAUACGCGUGAUAAUCGAAAUUGAUGGACCCUCCCAUGCCGGUAACGGUUGGCAAUGGGGUCCCAUGGCCGGCAUGGGUAAUAUGGCGGUUUGCAUUAAUCAAAAACCCUGGCGGAAUUAUUGUGUACAACCACCAUGUGGCCAAUUGAAUCCACUGAAUUCCAAUAUGUACUCGAUAAUGAGAGAAAUCUAUGAAGAUCUAGCAGAAGUUGGUGCUCCAGAGGAAACCAUUCACAUGGGUGGUGAUGAGGUCUAUAUUGCCUGUUGGAAUAAUACCCAAGAGAUUACAAAGAAAAUGCGGGAAAUGGGUUAUGAUCUAUCCCUAGAUAGUUUCUAUAAAUUAUGGUCACAAUUUCAUGAGAAAAAUUUGGAAUCCUGGGAUGAGGUUAAUCAGCGACAAUAUCCACAUUUGAAAGUACCGAAAUCGGCAAUUGUGUGGUCGAGUCAUUUAACAGAUCCAGAACAUAUAGAAAAAUAUUUGCCAAAGGAACGAUUUAUUAUACAAACCUGGGUAUCAGCUGACGACCCCUUGAAUCCGGUAUUGCUGAACAAAGGUUAUCGGGUAAUUGUAUCCACCAAGGAUGCCUGGUAUUUAGAUCAUGGUUUCUGGGGUCGUACACAAUAUUACAAUUGGGCCAAGGUCUAUAAUAAUAAAAUGGAUAAUAAUGCGAAUAUUUUGGGCGGUGAAGUGUGCAUGUGGAGUGAAUUUGUCGAUCAAAAUUCUGUGGAGGCCCGUAUUUGGCCACGUGCUGGAGCUGCUGCUGAACGUUUAUGGUCGAAUCCGAAAACAAAUCAUCUACAGGCCCAAUAUCGUUUCUACCGUUAUAGAGAUCGUCUGAUAUCACGUGGCAUACGACCCGAUGCUGUGGUACCCAAAUGGUGUAUACUCAAUGAGGGACAUUGCUUGUAG